GUCGAAGGUUUUGUGGCCAGGUUGGGGUCCCAAUCCCUCCUCGGGAAGUCUUAUCUGGUUACAGGAGAUGGCCAGUUCAGUUUCUGUAUCCACCAUUACUAGGAGUCUUAACUUAUCCGAGGCAUUUCUAUAAGCAAUGUGUGAAGGUAAAGAUCAAUAACCAGAGGUUUGCCAGCGUAGAGGAAGAGCUCUCAUCACUAGAGAAAAGGGAAGUCUCAGAGACAAGCUGGUGAAGAAUGGUUGUCUCAAGGGCUCCGGCGCCUGACUCCGCCCGUCAGAUGAUGAUCUGGCUGUUCCCGCUUAUCUUCUGCCUUGGCUCAGGGAAUGAAGUUUCACGAAACAGUACAAGAAGAACAGUGAUGAAUGGUGUUCUAGGGGAGUCUAUAACCCUUCCUCUGGAGCUUCCUGCAGGAACGAAGGCCAUCGUCUGGCAUUACGUAGGAGAAGCAUCGAAUUACGUAGGAAAAGUAUCACAUGUCACUAUAAUCCUUAUCAUCCAGCUAAAUAAGUCUGAAAAUCCACACAUCAUGAAAACUGAUCCAGAGUGGGGAAAGAGACUGCACAUCACCCAGUCCUAUGCUCUACAAGUCAGCAACCUCACAAUGGCAGACACAGGAUCAUACACUGCCCAGAUAAUCACAGAGGACUCUCCACCGGACUUCAUUAUUUAUAUUCUAAGGGUCUUUGAACGGCUGAGUAACUUAGAAGUUACCAACCAUACUCGCGUGUUUGAGAAUGGGACCUGUGAAAUCCACCUGACCUGUAUUGUGGAGAAUCCAAAUCAUACUGUCUCAGUUGGAUGGCAGGCGUCAGGAAGCACCUCUUUAAGGGAACCAAAUCUCACUGUCUCCUGGGACCCGAAGAAUUCCAAUGACCAGAGUUAUACCUGCCAAGCCGAGAACGCUGUCAGCAAUCUGUCCAUCUCUGUCUCUGCCCAGAGUCUUUGCACAGACUGCAAGUGUUUAGAGUCUGGGGCCCCUGGUUGUCGAGGGUCAAGGGAAGGUGGACACAACCUCUGCCUACAUCUCCAAAGAUUGGGAGGUAGAACGGAAGUCCUUAGGGAAGAGCAAGCUAGAAACAACUGCUUUGGGGAUAAAAAAAAGUGCUCUGGAGACAAGAAAGACCCAAGAUCCUGCAGGAAGCAGCCCCACAGUCCUACCACUGACAGCCAUCUGUACCUUUCUGUGUUGACCAUAGAUUCCUCCCAGAACACAGAUACUCCAGGCUCUCCAGGGAACACGGUGUAUGCACAAGUCACUCAUCCAGUACAGGAAAUGGAAAUCCCAAAAUCCGUGAAAAAUGAUUCCAUGACAAUUUACUCUAUAGUUAAUCAUUCCAGACAGCCCAUUUCUCCCAGGAUGGAUACUCUUAAGGACAUCAAGUAAGUUGGGGAAGACUUGAAAGGAAUUCAGGCCGAGCAAGCACAUCUGCUGACUCCUUGGAAGAGAUCAGAGAAGCAUGGUUCCCUACUGGCAAUGGAAUCUGGAUAUCCAGAGUUAGCACGUCAGACGAUGCUUGGGGAAUAGCAAGAGCUCCAGUAUGGAACCCCCAAACUGCUUUCCAAUCCACUCCAGGACAAAUCCUGCUUUGGAUAACACACCUACAUAUUGCUUUCUCUUUGAUAACCAAACAGAGUUUUGACUGACAGAUUAUAAUUCCGCAGGUAAUCAUUUCUCUCCUUAUAGAAGGC